AUGAAUACAAAUUUACUUUUCAUCCCCUUUCGUGAAACGAUUGAUACUGACAUUGGUGGAGAAUUGAGAUUAACGAUAAAGCAACAUUUCUUCCAAACACCAUCAUCUUUCGAAACAGACCUACGUAUAAUAUCGAAAUUAAGACGGAAUAUCGCCUCUUUAAGAGAUAUAACGGCAAAUCUGAAGGAUUUGAACCAAUUGAAUGAGUACUUCUAUCAAUUAAACAAUUUACUCAAAGUGUUUUCAGAUGAUGCCUUGGAAUUUACAUGGUUUGGUACUCUUGGUUAUAGACCAAUGGGACCACAAAUGGUAAGAUCUUUUAGAUUUGAACAAUUAAACAUAGUAUAUCAAACUGGGUCUUUGUAUUCACAACUUGCACUAUCAGAGUCAAGAUAUAGUGAUAAAGGUCUAAAGGAUUCUUGUUCACAUUUUCAGCUGGCUGCUGGCUGCUUCCAAUAUCUUAUAGAAAAAUUACAUGAAAAUAAUGGCAAAUUGUUAGGCUUCGUUCAAAAGGCUCCUGAUAUGGAUAUCAGUACUUUAGAAUGUUUAAAGUGGUUGAUGUUAGCUCAAGCGCAGGAGACAGUGUGGCAGAAGGGUAUUAUUAAUGCAAGUAUGAAGGACUCGGCUAUAGCAAAACUUUCAAUUCAAAUAUCACAGUUUUACUCCUCGUCUUUGAGUUGUGCAAACUCCUCAGACUACAUACGUCUAGAAUGGGUCAAUCAUAUUGCAAUCAAAAAAUAUCAUUUCCAAGCAGCUGCGAAUUACAGAGCAUCGCUCGGUUGUUUAGACAAUUUCAAGUAUGGGGAUCAGGUGGGAUAUCUUCGGGUUGCUUCAAAAUGCUGUGAAAUGGCCCAAAAGCAUAAAAAGUACGUUGAUAAACUUUUACUAGAAGAUAUACAAGGACUUGCAGAAACUGUGAAGCAAGCACUCAGAGUUGCCGAGAAGGAGAAUGAUUUAGUAUAUUUGAAGGUUGUGCCUGAUGAGAAAGAUCUAACUGCAAUUACAGGAGUUUCCAUGGUGAAGGCUCUAAUACCUGAAGCACUUUCAAAACCGAAAGGUUCUCCCUUGUUCAAAGAAUUGAUACCGUUUGCGAUAAUUCAAAUAGCCCAGGCAUAUAAAGAGAGACAGGGUCAGUUUGUUCAACUUAAGAUCGUUGACCCAAUCAAUGCCUUAAAUAAGAUGAUGGCACAAUUUCUUUCAAGUAGGAACCUACCUGCUUCCAUUGACACUCUACAGAGACCAGAGAACUUACCUGAUUCGAUCGUCCAGCAUUCUCAAGAUAUAUUAAAAUAUGGCGGAGUCGAUUUCGUGGAAAAUUCUUUGGAAGAAAUAUCACACUUAGCUGCACAGAGCCGUGAUCUUCUACUAGGCUGUCAAGAACGGUUGAAGGCAGAAGCACACGAAGAUGAACUUUUGAGCCAGCGAGUCGAUAUAUCUGAAUCCGAUAGAAUAAUGUCGCAAGAAGCUGGUGCAGAUCUCUAUACCAAAGUUCAAAAAAUGAAUGAGUAUUUAAGCCAGGCACAAGAAGGUGAUAACAAAAUAGCUGAGCAAUAUUAUAAGAUCAAAUCAUAUUUAGAGAUUUACUGUGGUGGAUAUGACGAAUUGACCAAGACAAUUCCGAACGCAACCUUUGUUAAUAUUGAUCCUGAGGACAACAAGCUUCUUUGUGAGCUUCGUAACGCACUCAAUGAUGCAGAAACAUUAAAGAACGAAAGAUCACGUCGCUUAAAAGAUAUCGAGGUCAAAACAAAGAAUAACAGCAUUUUGCCUAGCGUAGUGAAUGAGUACAAAACUAGCAAGAGUCGUAUAAUUGCCCCGGAUGGAUCAAUCGAUGAAGACACUUUUACACCGGUGUAUGAUAAGCACAUUACUAUGUUUGAUCCAGACUUAAAAUUCGUCAACUUUCUGAAAGAGAAGCAGGAAAAUUUGGAAGAAAAGAUCAAUUCCCUAAAUACAAAGUUUGUUACAGAAAUUGAAAUGAAAUACAAUUUAUCUCGAGGAGAACAUUUAGAGAUAUUACAAACCUUGGAAUCUGCGUAUGUAGGAUAUUUGGAUUUGAUAUCGAAUAUGAAUGAUGGUUCAAAGUUUUACACUGACUUUCUCCUGAGAGGAGGUGCUGUUUUAAAAGAUUGUGACGAUUUUAUUUACCGUAGAAGAAUUGAAGCCAGAGAAAUAGAGCAGCUGCGCAUUCAGCACAAGCAGGGAGAUGACCUGCCAAAUGGCGUACAGCAAUUGCCUCUUAUGGCACCUCAAGGGACGUGGGAUCCAAAACAAGGUAUAAAAUUUGGGUAA